AUGGAAGUGGAGCCCUUAAUCGUUCUCCCGUCUCAGAAAGUGGAUCAACUUUUAGACGUGACGGUGAACAUGGAUGUUUUGCUGAGUCUUUUGCAAAAGUAUAAGGAAGGGCUGCGGAAUAAUAUUUUGCUUUUUUGUCGCUACGUUAAAAAUCUAAUGCGUGAUAUUGAGACAAUUCACGAAGGUCGUGAAGGGCAAUGUGUUUUCAUUAAUUCUAAAAACCUUAAACAAAUACUUUUAAUUUCUCCCUUUGAAGGAGAGUAUUACCCCGGUGAAAACAAUGGUGUGGAUGAUGGCUUGUUUUAUGUGACGUUUGGCGUAAUAACGGUUCACAUUCAACCGAUCGGACCAACCCUGCAACAUUUGGAGGAACGCCACAGCGUGCGCUACUGGGGGAGCAGACUCUUACCGGGGGAUUUAUAUGACGGCAAAAUUGGAAUCACCCUGUUUGCCCUAAUUGAGCUACUUUUGAGCUACGUGGCCAUCUUUGGUUCAGGUUACACUGCUGUACAGUUGAUCAUUUAUGCCCAAACUACGCGAAAUUGGUUGCAACUCUUGUGCAACAAAUCUCAUCCUAAAGAUAUCCACAGAAGUAGGAGAAUGGUGUCUCAGAAUGUGUCCCUUUACAAAAUUUUGCACGUGCUAAACUGCCUCCACACCGAGACCUGUUCCGCUAUCUUAUGGCCAAUUACGCAACAUGUCCUCUGCGCCAUUCACGUCCUGGUCAAUGUCGUCACAAUCAAGUGCUGGCACAUUUACCCACGCCGAUCCGGUUCACCCUAUUUCUCAGCGUAUUUGCAUUUACCUACUUUGAGACCAGUUGCUUCAAAGCGGCGGCAGAAAUUUAUGAAGGUUCGGCUCGUUUGAAGCAAAAUAUGGCGUCAUGUAUGCAGACGAGAUUCUGGAAAAAGGUCGAAAUGUCGCUGCGGUGUGUACGAAUUAAUGUCUCGUCGGCAUACCACUUUGAAAUGGAUACGUUUAAUUCGUGCAUGAAAUCCGUGAUUGAUAACACGGUCAAUGUGCUGCUUACCUUUUUUUAACUCGGUAAAAAUGCAUUUUAACGCAUUUUUAAUGUGAUAUGCAUUCAUAGUAAUAGUAGCCAGAUAAGAUAAUCCUAAGCUGGACCGCGGGGUACAUACAUGCAUAAGUUUGUGUAACUGAAAAUAAAAUGUCCCCUCUUCUCUGAAAAGUUUGCGUUUAAGUUUAUGCAUGUACAAGUUAAGUUUGUAAGGGAUUUACAAAAUUUAAUUAAUUAUGCAAUAAUGUUAAUGGUAUUCUAGAACUAUGUGCUAAGUAUACAAAACCAUUAACUAGAUUAAAUACAUAAAUUGUAAUAAUAUAGAGUGAAAAAAUUUCAUUUGGCCGAUUAUCCUUUGCAUUCUAUUUGCGGGAUUAGUUAAUACUUGCAUUCAUAAAUAUUUCAUUAAAUCGGAUUAUCGGAUUGCAGAUACAUAUGUACAUUCAUACAUACAUACAUGCAUAGAUACAUGUUUACAUUCCUCAAUUAACAAUAAAAUGGAUAAUUUCCAAACCACAAUUUUUAAAAUUUUGGGAUACUUCCCAUUCUCCAUGGUUGACAACCAAAUACUUUUUGAAUAUUCAACCAAAUGUAUUUCAUCACCUCCUCAACUACCCACACAUCGGUGGAAAAUAUUGUACAGCCGUUACUUUAACCGCUUAUCAUCCACCUUAUCAAUUAUACCCACAUUGUUCUACACUUUGGUCACUUUUCUUAUAAUCGUGCCCCUGAUUACUUUACAACGCGAAAAUCACACAUCUAAAUCGGCCGAAUCUGUCCAUUCGAUUCAACGCUACGCUAAAACGUCCACCUUCUACGUGACAUGGAACUUCAAAUCAGCGAUUCACUUAUUUUGUGCGUCCUUCGUAAAAAUUGGAAUGUUCCUGAACAGAAAGUGCAUGCACGGGUUGCUCACAGAAAUUCAAAUUUUGUCCAAAUCUCUGAGAACAAUUAGUGGCAAAAAUUACCGUAAUAGCAACAAAUUUACAAAAGAAUUGUUAAUUCAGCUCAUAAUUUUCUUGGGUUUUAUAACCUGCGGAAUUUUUGAGGUUGGUUUGGUCACCUGGCACCAACUGGGUAUUACGCCAGCCAAGUUUUUUGCCCGGGUAACACCCACAACUAUAGGAUAUUUACAUUCCGUAUUUUCACUGGUAGUGUUGUA